UAUUAUGAGAAGUCAAAAGAGUUUGAUGCAUGAGAAAUUGGAAGACGGUGAUUCUGAAUCCUCCAAAAGAGAGGAUUUGGGUGAUGGAUUGUGGAGCAAAACGGUUAAGGAUCGGAAGGCUUCGCAGCAAAUGGCUCGGUACUUUGACUAUGAGGUUGAACCGAAUUUAGAAUUCAUUUCCCAAGGACAGCUGAUGGCUUUGGAACCUGCAAAAUAUGGGAAGCUGAAUCCAAAAGGUAAACUCAGAACAGGUGGGUCAAAAUUUCCUACUGCAAAAGAGUUCGGGAGCAGCGUUUACCCUGAUUUGGAUAUGAAUUCUGAGCCAUAUGAUUUUCUGGGAACUCUUCCUCGACAGAAAUAUAAGUCGGGCGCAGUAUACAGGCGAAGGGAUUGGAUGAGGUUGGAUGAUGAAGCUGAAGACCCGAUGUUCGGAACAGGUAUUCAACGAGACCGAAAUGCUGUGCGUGACGGCAUCAUGGGAAAAUCCGGUUCAUUGAGAGCAGGGAAAAAAUAUGACCGUUUAAGAGCUGAAGAAUUAGCUAGUGAUAGUUCCUUGGCUUUGCCUUUUUCUUCAAAGCAGGAGUUUCAGGCCUAUGGUAGGAACAGGAACAGGAAUAUGAGUCAAUUGUUGGAGGAAAAAGUGUAUAGUUCAAACCCGCCUAACACGAGAACAACCGGUGAUUUUGCCAAGAAGGCCAAGUAUUCAGAAAACCAUCUGCAAUUUGCAGUCGGGAAACAGAAAAAAUCUUUGAAAGGCUGGAAUCCACCAUUUCCAUUGAAAGGGAGUCGAGUCGACUUAUCUCAAGGCAUUGAAAUGUUUUGUCAGAAUAAAAACCGAGGAGAAGACUUCUCUAUGGAUUCUUUACCCAGAUCUGGUGAUCAGAAUAUUAGGAGCAAGAAAUGGAAAACAGGGCGAGAGUCUCCUGAUAUCGGUUUUAGAUCUCAUAAAGUUCUUCACCAAUGAUGAAUGACCGAUUCUUGCAGUCUGACAGUAGAAGGAAACCAUCACGGGAAAAGAUUAGAGGGAACUAUGUACAAGAUGGAGGAACGUUUAUGGAUCUUCCAAAAGGUAGUAGAGCAUUUUUUCGAAAUGAAGAAACAGAAUCCGACUCAUCUGAACAAUUUGACGAGGAUGAGGAUAGCAAUCCUCUAACGGGAAGCAAAUUGGCUUACCCCAGUGGCAUCAUAAAAGAUUUUCGGUUGUCUUCAUUGAAGUCUGGGCUAGAUUCUAAAAAGACAAGAUCCUUGGUGAAAAAUUCUAUAGAGGAUGGAUGGACUGUUGAUGGAAUCACUCGCUUCUCCAAGAAGAGCUCCCGGGAAAAUGUGCAUGUUCCAGUUGAAAGCUAUAAUUUGAAAGGAAAGCAGAAGGGCAAGAUGCAUGAAAACAGUCCCUUACAUUACUCUUCCUCUAAUGUUUUGGACGAGGUUGAUAGGAAACAGGUUUACGACUUGGGCAAAGAUGACAGAUUAAAGAUGUCCUUGUCAAGAGUCUACCCUACUGAGAAAAGGCAGAAAGGUGAACUUGCCUAUGAUCAGUCUAUGUCUCAGUCAAAGCAUCUGCAUGAUUAUCUUGUUGAUGAGGAUGCUUCACCUGUGACAGGACCAUUAAAAGAUGAAAAAAUCUUCGGUAGAACUGGUAAGAAAGGAAAGAAGAGGACGGGGAAGGAGUAUGUGGCACAUGUUGAUGGAAGGGGUGCAGAUGGUAACCUGCAGUCUAAACUUCAGCAGCAAACUGAUGAUUCCCUUUUCUUAAAGAAGGGAAAACGGAAACUAGAGGUGUAUACUGGUACUCUUGAUAUCGAAACUUCUGAAGCUCAUGGUGCAGGAGUAGGAGCCUUAGAUGUGGAGAAGGAAGCCAAGCCACAAAAAAAGCCAUUUACGUUGAUUACCCCCACAGUUCAUACCAGUUUCUCGUUCUCAAUUGUGCAUCUUCUUUCUGCAGUUCGCUUGGCAAUGAUUAGUCCACUUCCAGAAGUUUCCUUGGAGGUUAGCAAACCUAGAGAGGAGCAGAAUGGACAGCAGGAAGGUGGUGUGAAUGGGAUUCUUUCUCGUGAAAAUGCAGUUAGCAAUAAUUUGGACCAUCCGGUGCAAGCAAGUGUGCCUUCUCUAACAGUUCAUGAGAUUGUUAGUCGUGUGACAGUGAAUCCUGGAGAUCCAUGUAUCCUUGAGACGCAAGAACCGCUUCAAGAUUUAGUUCGGGGCGUUCUGAAAAUUUUCUCAUCAAAAACAGCACCUUUGGGAGUAAAAGGUUGGAAGGCACUUGUUGCCUAUGAAAAGUCCACAAAAAGUUGGUCUUGGGUUGGUCCUGUUGUGCAUAGCUCAAAUGAUCAUGAGACUAUUGAGGAGGUGACAUCACCUGAAGCCUGGGGUCUUCCCCACAAAAUGCUUGUCAAGUUGGUUGAUUCAUUUGCAAAUUGGCUAAAAAAUGGUCAGGAGACUCUCCGACAAAUAGGGAGUCUUCCUGCACCACCACUUGAAUUGAUGCAAGACAAUUUAGAUGAUAAAGAAAGGUUUAGAGAUCUAAAAGCUCAGAAGAGCCUUAGCACCAUUAGCCCGAGUUCUGAAGAAGUGAGAGCUUAUUUCCGAAGGGAGGAGCUUCUUAGGUAUUCUAUUCCUGACAGAGCCUUCUCUUACACAGCUGUUGAUGGCAAAAAAUCAAUCGUUGCUCCCUUGCGAAGGUGUGGAGGUAAGCCAACUUCAAAGGCUCGAGAUCACUUUAUGCUGAAACGUGACCGUCCACCACAUGUUACGAUUCUUUGUAUUGUGAGAGAUGCGGCUGCCAGAUUGCCUGGAAGUAUCGGCACUCGUGCGGAUGUUUGUACUUUGAUAAGAGACUCUCAAUACAUUGUUGAAGAUGUCUCUGAUGCACAAGUUAAUCAGGUUGUUAGUGGGGCCUUAGACCGUUUGCAUUAUGAACGUGAUCCUUGUGUACAAUUCGAUGGAGAGAGGAAAUUGUGGGUUUAUUUACAUAGAGAAAGAGAAGAAGAAGAUUUCGAGGAUGAUGGUACUUCAUCUACGAAGAAAUGGAAGAGGCAGAAAAAAGAUACCAUGGAACAAACUGAUGAAGGAGCUGUAACCGUGGCUUUCCAUACAACCGGGGAUCAGUCAGGCUUAGAAUUGGGCUCUGAUCUUAUUGCCGAACCUCUGUGCAUUGAUGGUGGUAAAAAGAUGGAGACAGAUUGUGACGAUGGACAAAAUAUGGAGUUUAAUGCUGACAUUGAUCACGGGUCUGAGCUAGGUAACAGUCAACAUGGUCAUCCUGAAAGUUAGUUGGACUCCAGAGUGCAAGCUGAUCAUGAUCAACAUUUCAGGCUGAAGUCCAGAGAGGGUAGAAGGGAUCCCAUUCAACGUUGGAAGGGUAAGAUGAAAGUUGUUUUUUUCCUCAUUUUAAACAUUUUGGAAUUGAACAAAUAAAAACCACAAACUUUCAGUUCAGGUGAUUUGAAAUUCACUUUUCUCCCACUAGUGCUCCUUAUUAAAGCUUUA